UAUGAAUUUUCAACGUUUAAGUCAUUUGAGCGAUAUUAAAAGACUCUUUACAAGACAAUUUUUAUGGCAUAGUUUAGAGGGAAGAAAUUCAAAGGCCUUCUUAUACAGUGGUGCUGAACAUAUAAAAUCAUUUACAGAAAUACCUGGACCGAGAAAUGUACCUUAUUUAGGAACUUAUCUAGAUUACAAAUUAGGCAAAUGGAAAUCCGACGAAUACCAUAAAGCACUAAUAGAGAAAUAUCAUAAAUAUGGGAAAAUAUUUAAAGAAACAAUUAGUGGCCAUACGAGAGUUCAUUUAUUCGAUCCAGAAUAUGUCAAAAUAGUAUACAAUAAUGAUACAAAAACACCAAAAAUACCACCUCUCAUGGAAACUGUUGAUAUAUAUAGGAAAUCACGUGGUUUCUCUCCUGGUUUAGGCUUCACAAAUGGAGAAGAAUGGCAUAAGCUUAGAAGUGCGGUUCAACAAAUGAUGAUGAAGCCGACUGCAGUUAGCCAGUAUCUACCAAUGGUAGAUGAAGUUGUCUUGAAACUAAUCACCAGGCUAAAUCAAGAAAGAGAUUCACAAGGAAUCAUAGAUAAUCUGAAUAUGGAAAUUGCUAGAUGGAAUUUAGAUUCUGCAGCUAUGACCUGCUUCGAAAAGGAUGUAAAUGCUUUAAAUGAUAAUGAAAUAGCAUUAAAAAUGAUUGAGGCUAAUCGAAUUCUAUUUGAAUUAACGAAUAGUCUUAAAUUUUCAUUACCGUUUUAUAAAUUAGUACCAAAUUUAAGUCAAACUUGGAAGAAAUUAGUAGAAGCCGAAGACUUUUUCUAUAAAUCAGUCUAUUCGCUUAUAAAUGAAACCGUUGAAAAGGUUAAAUCUACUCCUACGCAAGUUAACUACACUUUUAUUCGUUACCUGUUUAACCAAAAGAAUUUAGAUCAUAGAGAUCUAAGCGUUAUAGCGUUUUCUCUAUUCACUGACGGAUUGAGUACGACGGUUCCCGUUACUGUUGGUCAAUUAUAUUGCUUGGCUGCGAAUAGGGACAAACAGGAGCAGCUUUUUGAAGAAAUAAAUCGCCAUUCUAACAAGAAAUCGCCUCUAACUAUACAACAAAUUAACAAUAUGUCUUAUUUAAAGGCUUGUAUCAAAGAAGGAUUUAGGUUCUUUCCGGUCGGGAUAGAUGUAAAUCGUAUUUUACAAAGAGAUCUAGACAUAGGUGGCUACUCUAUUCCUAAAGGGACCGAAGUUAGUUUGAACACAAAUCUCUUACUAAGAGAAGAAGAAUACUUUAAGGAUGCUGAUAAAUAUAAACCGGAGAGGUGGCUUAGGGGAAGUCCUGAAAGGCAGGAAGAAGAAGUAAUAAAUGAGCGCGAUGGCAUCGGAAGAUCGAUGUGUAAAAUACCAUCUCAAUUUAGAGGAGAUUACUUCUCAAUGGAACGUCGAAACGAUAUUGAAACAACAAUUAAUGACAGGUUGAUUGACAUGAGAGAAAAAGAUGAAAGCGAUGGAACGGACGUGGUAAGAUGGAAGACUAAAUUUUGGGGACAUUGUGUAGAUAUAUUGAAUAAUAAUGAAACAGACGCAAACGGCAAUCACGAUAGUAGAAUUUUAAUGUAUAACAGAACUGAAAAGUGUUAUCAAUGCUUUGACAUGUUUUACAAGACACCAAACAUUAUCCAAUAUAGAACCACCAACUGUAUUAAAUAUUCAAAUCAACCAUCUAUUGAGGAGGGCUGUAAAGAUUUAAGUGAUACAUCAGCUGUAAACACUUUCUUUAGAAAGACGCUUGUAGUUGUUAACUGCAAAAAUACGUUUGAAGGAACGUUUCAUUUCACAUACGAAAUGGAUAUUGGUGGUGGAGGAAUCUGUAAUUCCAGGAGCAGUUUAAUAAAAGCUUGCCAAGAGCCUGGUUCUAGAUACAAGGAUAACGAAAUCUUUUAUAUGAAUUUUGGAAGAUGUAACGAUGUGUCGACAUCUCGAAAUGAGCGGGUGGAAUUUCAAUGCUUAGGAAGUUGGGCAGAUAAAAAUGGUAAUGUUUGGUCUGCAGUUGCCGAGUUAGCCAAGGAACCUUGGAGAGAAAGAUUUCGUUGUAUGAUGACGAGAUUUGACCAAGAGGAAAUGAAUAAUAGAAUAAGAUAUAGUAUGUCGUGGUGGGCGGAUUGUUCUCAAUUACAGAGUCCUUAUGAGGGUCCUAUCAGACUUAUAUUGGAACCCGUUGCUGGAGUGGGAAGACCCAUAGAGCCUGGUUGCAAUUUGCCAAGGAAUUUUACUGGCAAUUGGUUCUAUCAAUCUGAGCAAGAUGUUGAUGUGCAAAUCAACUCUACACAUAUAUAUUUUAAGACCAAGCUGGACCAAUAUUCAUAUAAAGAAAGCUAUUUUAUAUGUCAAAUGACUAGCGGCAAUCGAUAUUUGAUGCAAGCCAUCACCGUAGGAAAAUGCGAAGUUGAUUACAUUUGCUUUGAAUUUCUUCCAAGACAUCAUAGCGUUAUCAGAUGGAGAAUGGGUCGACCUUAUCGAUUAACCGAAAUGGAAAGAGCAGAUCCUAGACAUAAUGAGAAGAUAUUUAGGUUAGGUUGUACAUGGUCCAGUUUUACCUUUAACAGAAACGACGUUAAUUGGAUGUAUAAUACAUUUUUAUUAAAUCCUCCUGUUCCAAUUCUAUGUCCAAUUCGUGGAAGGUACCAAUUUAAACAAAUUGGUAACGAAAAUGAAAAAUACAGAACGAGAUAUAGGGGAAUAACUGAACGGCCUCGUCACUCUAUUCCCUGUGAUAAAUACGUCACAGAAUUCAAGUCCUGCGAUGAUAACGCCAAUAAAAUAGCAAUUGACGCCGAGUAUUGCGAGACUGUCGAUCAUAUCGGAAUGCCCAUAGGAGAAUACGGUAGCUUUUACUAAAACAGAAUAUUCCUAUUGAUUGAUCGUUAAACGUUUUUUAUUAUUUAUUAGAUGAACCUGAUAGAGAAUUAACCUGCAUUGGUCACUGGGACGAGAAUUGGAACUCUUAUCUAAUCACAUACGAUGAAGAAGAUCCUGUCUCGUUCUUUCGUUGUUGGGUAAAUAUUAAACUUAAUAAAUCAAUAUAAUCUAAUAUUCGUUCACAUUUAUCAUUUUAGAAUUAUGAAAGAACCGAUUGGAGAUUUAUCAAACUAUCUAGGUCUACAGGAGCAAGAUGCAGACCACAGAUGAAAUCAUCAACAUCUGAUCCAAAAUUAGGUGCUUCCUUACAUUUAUUAUUGGAGGAAAACGAGAGGCUCUUUGAUGAUUGUCCUCAAGCGUAUAUCCGUGGAGAUCCGUGGUCGAGCCCAGCUCAAGCUAAAGAAAAACUCUAUAACGUAAAUAAAGGUGUCUCGAUCCAACCGGUCCCUUAUUUACUUACGAUUUUAUUUACCAUUGCUAUAUUUUUUUAGUUAAUGUUUACGUUUUUCUAAUCAUUGUUAAUAUUUCUCUUCAUGUAUAAACGCUGUAUAAUAGACUUGUUUAUAUUUCAAAACAAAAAAAACGACAUAAAUGAAUACUUCGUAUGAAAAUAAAUCAAUUUAAAUGU